CUUCCCACUCAUCUCAAAUUCCAAUCGCCGAAAUCCCCAUCUUCUUCCCUUCCAAAUUCCGAACACAAACCCUAGUAAUGGCUCGCACAAAGCAAACCGCCCGCAAAUCUACCGGCGGCAAGGCGCCGCGCAAACAGCUGGCAACUAAAGCCGCCAGGAAAUCCGCUCCGGCGACUGGCGGAGUGAAGAAACCCCACCGCUUCCGCCCCGGCACCGUCGCUCUACGUGAGAUCCGCAAGUAUCAGAAAUCCACCGAGCUCUUGAUCCGGAAGCUCCCGUUCCAGAGGCUUGUUCGCGAGAUAGCGCAGGAUUUCAAAACUGAUCUGAGGUUCCAGAGCUCCGCCGUGGCGGCGCUUCAGGAGGCAGCCGAGGCAUAUCUCGUUGGAUUGUUUGAGGAUACGAAUCUCUGCGCCAUCCAUGCGAAGAGAGUGACGAUUAUGCCCAAGGAUAUCCAGCUUGCCAGGAGAAUUAGGGGUGAGAGGGCCUAAUUGUGAGUUUGAUUUGGGGCUGGAAAAUAUGUGGUUGCAUAGUCUCCGUUUUCUAAUCCGAUGUGUAGUGGUAUUUUAUGUUGAAUGAAAAUCGUUUUUCACAUCUAA